AGAAGUGAGUCACAGAUUCCUCUUCCACACUGAAAGCCUCUGGAGUCCAAACAGCGGCUGCAGGAUCCAGGACCAUGGCGCGCUGCGGUCUGCUCGGUCUGUGUCGGUACGAAACCAACAAGCUGGUCCGGAUCCAGAGCGUCCGGCUCGGCUCCCUGAAGUGGAUUCUGAACGCAACCAUUCUGCUGUUCAUCUGCAUCAUGAUGCUGUGGAACAGAGAGUACCAGGAGUUUGACCUGGUGGUGAGCUCAGUUACCGCCAAAGUGAAGGGUGUAGCUCAGACUCACCUGACCGGGAUCGGGGACCUAGUCUGGGAUGUGGUGGACUACAGCGGGCCCUCGCAGGAGAAAAACUCCUUCUUUGUGGUGACCAACGUCAUCGUGACGAAGAAUCAGAAGCAGGGAAAAUGUCCAGAGGCUCCUCGUAAUGGCAGACUGUGUCGGACUGAUAAAGACUGUGAGAAAGGAGCCUGGGGUCAACAGAACCACGGGAUUCAGACGGGAUCGUGUGUGAAGUUUGAUGUGUUGAAGAAAACCUGUGAGAUUUUUGCGUGGUGUCCAGUAGAAACCAAGACAAACCCUCCAAGACCUGCUCUGUUGGCAGCAGCUGAGAACUUCACAGUCCUCAUCAAAAACAACAUCAGAUUCCCUGCAUUCAACUACUUCCGGAGGAACAUCCUCCCAGAGAUGAACGACGCCUACCUGAAGAGCUGUAACAGAGCGAACGACUCGUUGUGUCCCAUCUUCAGACUGGGAGACAUGGUUCGAGAUGCUGGGGAAAAGUUCUCUGAAAUGGCGAUAGAGGGGGGCGUCAUUGGCAUCCUGAUCAAAUGGGACUGCAACCUGGACCGGCUCAUGCAGCGCUGCCUGCCCAGAUACUCCUUCAGACGUCUGGAUGAGAAAGAGAGCAAUAGGACGCUGUAUCCAGGCAUCAACUUCAGGUAUGCAAAAUACAACACAGUAAGCGGAGUGGAGGAGCGAACACUGUACAAAGUAUUUGGGAUCAGGUUUGACGUCAUGGUGUUCGGACAGGCGGGAAAGUUCAGCUUCAUUCAGCUUGUUAUCUACAUUGGAUCAACGCUGUCGUACUACGCUCUGACGAGCAUAGUGCUCGACUGGCUGAUUGGAACCAGCUGUUACUCUGCAGAGGUCGGACAAAACUACUCUGAGAAGAAAGUGGAGUCAGUCCAAGACAAACAGAAGUGUGUCCUCUGUGUUUCCUACGUUGAUGAGAACAACAUUCGACUGCUGAAGAAAUCACUGAAGAAAAGUUUACAAGACGUCAAACCGAUGUCUGUUCAGCCACGAAAGGAGGACACAGGACACCUGAGAGCCGCUCUCUCUCUGCUGCAGCCGGGUGUUGAUGUGGAUCAUGACGCUCAGCCUCUCCUCAACCAUAAACCUGAACCAAAGCCCAAAGUGGAGCGUCCGUCCUGGUGUAAGUGUGACUGCUGCGCUCCCUCCUCUCUCCUGCAGGAGGAGCUGUGCUGCAGGCAGAGCGACGGCGCCUGCAUCACCUCGUCUCCUCUGUUUGAGCGGCUGGUGUUACAUCGCCCCCUGCUGGAGGCCGUCCUCCUGUACCACGACCCUCUGUCUGCACCUGCCGACCGAGGCCGGACCGCCGCCCUGCGUCACUGCGCCUACAGACAGUACAUGAGCUGGAGGUUUGGAGACCCACCUGUCGACACGCAGCCCGCCAUCCCCAGCUGCUGCGUGUGGAGAGUCAGGGAGGAGUACCCGAGCCCGGACGGACAGUACAGCGGCUUCAAACCGACCAGGAUGGUGUCGAUGCAGGCCUGCGCUAACGGAGAGGUCUGAGAGGAGUGUGUCCACAUCACAGAGCAGGGACUCCCCAGCUGACUGACCCACUAACAGUGUUUUUAUGUUAGACCUGAAAAAGAAAGAAAUGUAGUAGCUUCACUCACUUGGGUGGAAAAUGAACAGUUAGUCAGGUUUUGUCAGUUUGCGUUCGGUCAGAGAUUGAAUGAGUAAAAACUUCACUGAGUCAAUAAAUAUCUUCAUUUUCUAACAUCA